AUGAAUCGGGUGGAUAAUCUCAUCAAUGUCACAAGUGCCAAGGCAAACACUCCUAAAGUUAAUGCCAUAAGUAAUGAGUUACUGUCAUAUUUAGUUUUAAUCAACUUCUGGGGGCCUGGCCAAUGUAUCGCAAUCAUGGGUUUAAUUCUCAAUAUUUUAAACAUUGUAACAUUUAUUAAACAAGGACUGCGAGAUUCCGUCAACAUAAGUCUUCUUUCGCUAGCUGUAUCAGAUUUGGGAUCCUUGUUAUUUCAGUUUGUUCUUAACUUAUUUUGGACCCCAUCUUUCAAGCUACUGGACUUACCAUACAGCCCUCAGCACUUACUGUACUUUAUGUACUGGAUCCACGUUUUAUUUACACGUGUCACUACGGGGACCACGGCGUGGGUAACCUUUGAACGAUGUCUUUGCAUUGUCUCCCCUUUGAAAGUGAAGUCAAUAGUGACGGCCAAAAGAACGAUAUUUUAUAUCUAUACCCUUUACGUCAUCAUGGCUGGUUCAGUUGCUCCUAUAUUUUACACUACAAGAUUAACGAUGAUAUUUGAUAGAACAAAAAACAAAUCUGUGCUAGGGUAUGUGAAAAUUGCCAACAGAGAUAUCGAAAGCGUUACAUAUGCACUGAACAACAUUUUACCAUCAAUUUUUUUCGUUUUUAUCGUCGUGUGUACCUGCAUCCUUGUACGGGCGCUUCAGAAAAAUGCCAGAAUGCGACAACGAAUGACGUCAAACACGGCCACAGUAGUUUCAAGUCGUGACACCAAGGUAGCUAAACUUGUCACAAUUAUCUCGCUCAUCUUCAUCUUCUGCUACGCUCCUAAUACAAUAUUAGGCAUCAUGCCACUCAUUGAUCCUGAGAUGAAAUUAGAUAAAAGUAGAGGAAAUGUUUCUAUUGUUAUCGCUUCUUUCAUGCUUCUGCUAGAGAGCGUUAAUGCUGGCUCCAACUUCUUCAUCUACAUCUCAAUGAGUUCAAGGUUUAAGGCAACUUUCAGACAGGUUUUCUGUAUGUUAGCCAAAAAUACUGCAGACAAGAGUGACAAGGAAAUGCUCUAA